AUGGGACGGUUUCGGGGACUCAGUGUCCAACUCUUGCCCACCCCCCACGACGCACAUUCUUUUCGUUACAAGUCCAUCAAACUUCUCCCCACCGUUGGAUGUGAAGCUGAUGCAGCCACUCGUUACUCCAUCGGCGAAAGGAGCAUCAAAACGUCGCCGUUUCCGUUAGCAUUCUCUUAUUCCGUUAACGGCUCCUAUGUCGCCGUCUGGCCUCUUGGGGAGAACAUUUUGGAGUUGGAGCAUUGCUUGUUCAACCCAAACGACAAGGAGUCUCGUGUCAGGAUUUUCCAGGUUUUACGCUUAGAAGAGACCAAAAUGUUGCUGCAGAGUGUUAAAGUUUUCUGUGAGCUGUGGUACGGUCCGUUCAGAGAUGGAGAUCAGCUCGGUGGCUGUGCCAUGCGUAGCUCUGGUUUUGCUUCUACACCUACCACUCCAGCUUCGGUUGUAGCCGGUUCUUGGAGAGCUCUUCUUGCUACCACCACUACCUCUAAUGCUCAGGCUUGUGUUCAACAAGUUACUGGAGAGAAAGUGAUUGAUAUUGUGCGAGAAGAGAAAGAUCUUUUACUGCUUCCGAAAGAUCUGUGGUGUGAGCUACAACAAGGCAAAGACGGAGAAAGAGCUUUUUCUAUAGGAUGGUUGUUUGAGCCAGGCCAUGCUGUCACAUCCUCAUGUGUCUUCUCCAGUGCCUCUAAGCUAAAGGAGGUAACAAUGGCAAGAGAGACUGCUCAAUCACAUGUAUAA